AUGGCGGUUUCAAUGGACCUCGAGGUAGAACAAAUGGAGGUGAAGAUGGCAUUUCUUCACGGGAACCGAGUUCCCAACAAAAAGGAGAUACCUGGUGUGGGAGCAAAUUUGUUGGGUCAACACUCAGCGGAGAGGAAUCAAGAUGCUACUGCUUAUGUUGGAAAUCUGGACCCUCAGAUAACUGAGGAGUUAUUGUCGGAGCUGUUUGUUCAGGCAGGUCCAGUGGUAAAUGUCUAUGUUCCAAAAGACAGAGUGACCACCCAACAUCAAGGUUAUGGAUUUGUUGAAUUCCGGACUGAAGAAGAUGCUGACUAUGCCAUCAAGGUGCUUAACAUGAUUAAACUCUAUGGAAAACCAAUACGUGUAAAUAAGGCAUCCCAACUUGAUUCUGAUGUAGAUGAGAAGCUCUUGUAUGAUGCUUUCAGUGCAUUUGGAGUUAUUGUUACUAAUCCAAAGAUCAUGAGAGAUCCUGAGUCAGGAAUUUCCCGUGGUUUUGGCUUCAUUAGCUAUGAUUCAUUUGAGGCAUCCAAUUCAGCUAUUGAGUCCAGUGGGCCUCCAACACUUCCCAAUGUUGCUCUGGCUAAUGGUACCAUUGCUGCUCCAGUGCCUCCCUGCCCCUUCGCUAAUGGGGUUGCUCCAGCUCAUAUUCCUGCUCUCCGUUCGCCACCCCCUCAGGCCGUAGCAUUCCAGCCAAUGCCGGUAGCUGGACAACCAGCAUGGAAUCAACAACCGCUAGGUCAAGCAAUGCUACAACCUGUAAUGCCUCCACAUCAAAUCCAGCAGUUUAGGCCACCUCACUCUAGUAUGCAGAUGCCACCACCUUCACAAGCUGUUCCGCCUCCUCCAAGGCCUCUUCCACCGCCAACGGUAAUGGCAAGCCAACCACCACCUAUUUGGCGACCGCCACCCCCACCUCAGCAACAAGGCGGGCGGCCUAUGGCAUAUCCUCAGUCCUCAAUGCCACCACCACCUCUCAAUAACCCUGGCAUGCCGCCACCUUCAAGUUGAAGGAAUGCAAUCCUUAUGGUAUGGUUCCUGGCUCCCAUUAUCUGGAAUUUUGCCCCUGUUAAUUGUUAGCUGUAGUGCGUUAUAUUUCUAAACUACACGGGUGUAGAUUGUAAAAUGGACGUCCUUGACAGUCAACAAUCUGAGGAUCACUACUGCUUAAGAUUAAAGGUGUUCCUGCCAAGACACCCGAACAUAACCGCGCUGAUGUGUAUAGUGUUGGGUAUGGCUCAUACUUCACAUGAUGAUGUUGGCCCUAAUUGUCGGGGUCAGCAAAAAGGCAACUGGGGUCCCGCUCCCAGGUGAGCGGGCAGGGGUCCGGGGGGCAGCGCCCCCAGGCCCGUAGAGGCUAGGUAAUGUUUAGGCCUCUGUUUCUAUUGUAAUUUUCUUAGCAGUUUGAGCUUGGGCCCAUGAAUAGCUGCUGUUA